CAAAUGAAAGCUCUCUUAAAGCAUCUCAAAAUAUUCCCACCAAAGAUGGCACCCGUAGUGCAGUUGGGGCUGCGUUGUGAAACACUCGUCCUGCUGCUCCUGUACGCCAGCAUCGUGGGGAACGUUUACGGCCAGUUGGGUUCACUAAGCCGAAUAAAAUCGGUCGAGAUGUACGAGUUCGAAUGCUUGCCACCGUCACAAAAAGAAAAUCUAACGCCACGGUUUGCGUCCCCCAAUCAGAACGACUCGAUCUCGCUACAGGUGUCGAACCGCUACACGCACCAGAUCCUGUCGCGCAUUUACGCGAUCUUUCUCCGCGAGGUCCUUGGCUAUCGCAAUGUGAAGCUGGUCGAGGUGGGGGAUGACCUGCCGAGUGUGCAAACCGAACGUAUGAGAAUGUUUUUAUCCUUGGAGCAUUUAGCAAGUCCUGCAGGAAAAUGGCCGGAUCCAACAAUCGAUCUCGAAGUUUGGUUACUGUCGGACUACCAUUACAUCCCGCAGGAAAUCCGGGACGCAGGUGCCAUCACAAAUCCGGGCCGGUUCGGUCUCUUCGUUCCGAAAGCGCUCAUCCGGAAGGAGGAUGCCUUUCCCAAACCACUUAUCUACACCAUGUUCCAGGAGGACAUUAACGAUCCUCGGUACUACGACAUCAUUAAGAAGUUUGACAUCCCUGAAGCAGUGCUCGAAUCGAUCUACCGGUAUGCCGAGAACAAUUGUACAAACGUGUGCAACGAUCAAGGCAUGUACAUUCCUGACCACUGUACCGAGGGACGCAAGUGUGCGCUGGUGCUGGCCCCACACUACGAAAACACCCACUUCAUCGUGAAGCACAUCGAGGAGAUGCAGUUUCAGCUGAAGGUGAUAUGGUUGGGCGACAAGUUGCGGCUCGGUAUAAAGCAGCUGAUGAGCGUGUACGGAGUCGAUCGUAAGAAUGUGAAAAAAUUCCUUGUGUUCCACUGGACACCGUCGGAAGUGAUCAACAGCCGCCGGAUGGAGUACGCUCCCAUCACGAUGCCACGGUGCGAGGAGAUGAUCGCUAGCAAUGAUACCGGGUGCAAGUACGAGAUGACACCGCUACUCAAGUUCUAUGGUAAAAUGUUUGGCGAUGCAAAAUAUGUUUACGAUUCAUUCGUACUGUUCCACUUCACGGAUGAACAUAUGCAGCAAACGUUCGACUUGUACGAUAAGUACGAAGAUCAGAUCCUGCAGGCACGCGAGGACCCCGAUACGGACCAGUUGGGAAUGACACGGUUCUAUGACCAGAUUGCGUGCGACUGGAUGCUCAAUCAGCCUGCCGUGUGGAGAACGUUCAAACCACGGACACCGUUAGAAGAGGUGUAUGUCGGUGGUAUAUUUCCACUGUCGGGUAUGGGUCCUUCCUAUUUGGGAAUAGCACCGGCCGCCCUAAUGGCACAGCGGGACAUCAACCAGAACACUACCAUACUGACGAACUAUCGGUUGACGGUGCAGCAAAACGAUGGCCAAUGUCGGGCGGACACGGUGAUGAAAUCCUUCAUUAGCUACUACGCGCAGCAGACAAAGAUGAUCGGUGUCCUAGGUCCGGCCUGCAGUGAAACGGUCGAACCAAUUGCUGGUGUUUCGAAACAUUUCCGUAUGGCGGUCAUUUCCUACUCCGCCGAAGGUGCGUUUCUGUCCGAUCGCGAGAAGUAUCCAUACUUCUUCCGGACGAUAGGCGAAAACCGGCAUUACGAGCACGUGUACGCGCUUCUACUACCACGCCUAAACUGGCACCGAGUGGCCGCACUAACUGAGGAUGGCCAGAGAGCGACCGAAUACAUCUCCUACAUGGAAACGUUGCUUAAGGAGCGCUCCAUCGAACUGAUAUCGAACAAAAAGUUUCCGCGCGAUCGUACCGAUUAUGAAAUGAAUCGAUAUCUACUGGAUUUAAAGAUGAAAAAUGCCAAAAUCAUUAUCGCUGAUGUGGACGAUAAGGUGGCCCAGGUGAUUAUGUGCGAGGCGUACAAAUUGGAGAUGACUGCUGAAAACGGUUACAUCUGGUUCCUGCCUACCUGGCUGUCGAAUAUGUGGAACCUUAGCUCGGAAACGCACGGCAUCGGUGGCAACGAUAGCAACACCAUGCCUCCACACGCUCCGAACGUUCGCAGCUGCAGCAACAGUGAACUGCUGCGUGCUAUGAACGGUCAUUUUUCCCUUUCGCAUGCACCUUACGCCGACGAUGACACGCGCUUGGACGUCGAUGGUACCACGGUAGCAGAGUGGAAGCAACGAUACGUGCAGAGUCUUUCCUACCAGGGAUACACUGCUUCAGACUACGCCGGUUACGCGUACGACGCUGUUUGGGUGUAUGCGCUCGCCUUCGAUCGACUCAUGCGUGAAGAGCCUUCGUACAUCAGUGACCUUCACUCCGUACAAACAACCAACCGACUAAUGCAGCUGAUCCGUGAGACCGAUUUCCAGGGUGUAUCCGGUAGAAUUCGAUUCAACGAAGCGGGCUCGCGGUAUACGAUCAUCAACGUGCUGCAGUUCGUCAAUGGGACGGCCAACAUCGUCGGACACUUUACGCCCAACAUAUCCGCCGACUACAAACUGAUUGGAGGGGAUCUGUCGCUAAACGUAUCCGCUAUCGUGUGGAUGACGCGGGACGGCCGUGCCCCGGACGAUGGUGCGGUUGUGUGUGCGUUCGAAAGCAUCGUGCGUAUCUUCGGCAUCGACUGUGAUGAUGUUACGCUGAUCGUCAUUACCAUGGUGUCGAUCAUUUGCAUCUUGAUCCUUUCGGUGGCGUCGUUCCUGUUUUGGAAGGAACGGUACGAUCGCAAGAUGAAAACGUCCGCCAAGUAUCUGCAGAAGCUUGGCAUCGAUCUGCUUUCACCAUCAGCCAUACCGUUCAACACGCUCGACAAGUGGGAAAUUCCGAAGGAUCGUGUCGUGAUCAAUCGACGGCUAGGAGAGGGUGCGUUCGGUACGGUGUACGGUGGUGAGGCACAGAUCGAAGACGAAGGCUGGACAGCCGUUGCCGUGAAGACGCUCAAGGUGGGCUCCACCACGGAGGAUAAGGUUGAUUUCCUUUCCGAAGCUGAGGCGAUGAAGCGGUUUGACCACAACAACAUCGUUCGUUUGCUGGGUGUCUGUCUACAGUCGGAACCGGUCUACACGAUCAUGGAGUUUAUGCUGUACGGUGAUCUGAAAACGUAUCUGCUAGCUCGCCGACAUUUGGUGAACAGCAAACAGUCAGAAGACUCGGACAUCUCCAACAAACGGCUCACGAUGAUGGCACUGGAUGUGUCGAGGGCACUAUCGUAUCUGGCGGAGCAGAAGUACGUCCAUCGAGAUGUGGCCUGCCGUAACUGUAUGGUCAAUGCACAGCGUGUGGUAAAGCUGGGUGAUUUCGGCAUGGCACGACCAACGUUCGAGAACGAUUACUAUCGAUUCAACCGGAAGGGAAUGUUGCCGGUCCGAUGGAUGGCACCGGAAUCCUUAGCGCUGGGUUUCUUCACACCGGCCUCGGACGUGUGGUCGUACGGAGUGUUGCUGUACGAAAUCAUUACGUUCGGCUCUUUCCCGUUCCAGGGCCUGACAAACAAUCAAGUGCUGGAGCAUUUGAAGAAUGGCAAUACGCUGACUAUUCCGGUCGGUGUGAAGCCUCAGCUCGAGGGUCUUAUGAAGGCGUGCUGGAAUCAAGACUACAAGAAACGGCCCUCCGCCUCGGAGGUGUCCGAGUUCAUCUCAAACUAUCCGCGAUUGCUUAAUCCCUGUCUGGAUGUGCCGCUCGCUUCGGUCGAAAUGGUGGACACGGACAGUGAUCAGUUUGAGCUGCUGCCCGGAUUGCGCAAAUACAAGGACGAUUCACAACCGACAGCGGAUCUGCUGGUCGGUACGCAACCAAUGAACGAUCUUAACAAUGGCUACAACAAUGUCAGCAUCAUGUCCACUGGUGGUGCCCAGCGUAAUAACCAACGGCGUGCGAUUAACCUGAACGAUCUGAACGUAGCAACCGAUUUCACCACCGUAAAUCCUUUGCCUCCGUUGGAGGACUACGAGGAGGAUCCAUCCACGAGACAAACGCUCGGUGUACCAUCACAGCAAAGGCAAACGACCUCGGCAAACCAUCUGAACGUGUACAACCCGAUCGAACCACUGUUGCAGCGUGACACCGAGGUUACCAAGAGCAACAAUAGUUUGCUGCGUUACGUGCCUAUGUUUGGGUUUGGGAAGAGCAAAACGGUUACGAUCGGUGGUACAACGAUCGUGACAGGUAGUGCGGGCCGAACCGUACCGCCGGCGACCAGCGCCCUUCAUUGUACCACCUCGCUAGGGGCGAUGGGAGGCACUAGUGUCGGUGGUAAUACGAGCUCUCCACAGUCCCCUACCGGUUCGGUGCUCGGUAUGAGCGGUGGAACCAUGAUUGUAAACACGCGCAGCACUAGCACGACGGUUUUAUAGCACACCGAAACAGUACCGGACCGUAG